CAGUGGGUAUUAAGCUAAAUCACAAUGAAAGCAGUCAUUCUAAUUCUGGUUCUAGUGGCAGUUGUCAAUGCAACUAGUCUAAAAAACCUUCUUAAGGAUGAGUUUAACUCCUUCAAAUUGAAGCACCACAAAAUCUACAAGAAUGCUAGUGAGGAAUUGAAACGCCUUCAGAUAUUCGUGGAAAACAAGAAACUGAUCGACACUCACAACAAACGCUAUCUGGCCGGAGAGGAGUCUUACAAGAUGGGUCUGAAUAAAUUUUCUGAUAUGACUCCCGAGGAAUUCAAAACGCUUGUGCUCACAAACCUCAAUCCUGCUGACUCCCAAGAGGGAAUCGACUAUAUUUACAAUCCCUCUAGCCUGGUUAACCUUCCAAGUAGCGUUGAUUGGCGUGACUGGGGCGCUGUUAACCCAGUUAAAAAUCAAGGAUCCUGUGCCUCCUGUUGGGCUUUCUCUGCGGUUGGCUCACUCGAAAGCCACCACUUUAUAAACUCAUACCAGAGAGUAUCCCUGUCCGAGCAAAAUUUGGUGGACUGCACAAGCGGUUAUCCCUAUUACAACCAAGGCUGUUCAGGCGGGUGGCCGAUUGAAGCAUUGAAUUAUGUUAGGGAUAAUGGUGGUAUAAACACUGCCAGCUAUUAUCCGUAUGAAGGACAAGACAACACUUGCCGAUACAAUAAGAACAACAUUGGAUCAAAAUCUCUGCUGUUAUACAAAUUGCUAGUGGAAAUGAAGCCGCAUUGGCAUCCGCCGUUGCCAAUAAGGGACCCAUCUCGGUGUGUGUCGAUGCCUCCCUGUUCCAAUAUUACCAAAGUGGUCUUGAACGAACCGUCGUGCUCUCAAUCUGUAGACCAUUGUGUAGUUGUCGAUGGAUACGGCACCGAUUCAGUUGGAGGAGAUUAUUGGUUGGUGAGGAAUUCUUGGGGCGAGUAUUGGGGAGAAAAUGGAUAUAUUCGCAUGGCUCGCAAUCGUAACAAUCAAUGUGCUAUUGCCAGUUAUGCAAUUUAUCCUUUAGUUUAAUGGACAUCUUUGUAUAUGUAUUUCUUUUUUAUUUAAUUGCUAAUAAAUGUUAGUAUACAAAAUCUA